AUGGAUGUGAGGGUAGUUCACUGCCUGCUCCUUUGGGCUCUGCACGUCUUCCCAGCCACGCCACGCUCCGCUCUCAGGGUUCUCAGUAAGGAAUCAAAGACUGGCAAUCAGCAAGAUGGGUGUGUAAAUCUCGUUCCGUGCAAAGAUAACGGGGCUAUUUGUAUUCAGCCUUGUUCUCCCUCCUUCCACGGGGAGACGAGCUUUGUCUGCGAAGAGAGAAAGUGGCAAAUGUUCGCAGAUGCCUGUGCAAGCCUGGACGUUCAGUCCCUUUUUCAGAGGAUUUCUGAGCGUGACCUCCUUUCAAGCUCUGGCGGAGAUGUUAGCGUUGCUGGAGGACACCUUCCUUUUAUUGGGGAAGGAAAGCCGGUGCAUGGGAAGCCUGGACAUGGAGCAAAAUAUUUUGGUGCCGACGACCAUGGGAAUAGUAACUGCCAAGCUGAUUUUUCAUGCAUUAUCCCAGAAAUCCUGUCUUCACCAGCCAUUCCAGGAAACAUUGCUGAUAUAGUGGAAUUACUAAAGAAGAUUUCCCUGCUGCUAUCGGAGGAUGUCAAUAGAGGAAAAAUGCAGAGUUACAUCAGGAUAGCAAACCAUAUUCUGAACAGCUCCGUCAUUUCCAACUGGGCUUUUGUAAGGGACAGGAAUGCCGGUUCAAUAUUACUGGACUCGGUGAAUUUAUUUGCUGGGAAACUUCUUCUAAGGAAUGGCUCGGAAAGUAUACAGGAACCCUUCAUCUCUACAAAAGGCUACAGCAUACAUAAAAAUACUUCAGGGAAGAGAUUUGAUUUUUCUAUGGAGUUCAAUAACACAGGCAAUAUCACCGGGCAUGUGGUCAUUCCAGAAGAAGAGCUUUUGAAGUUACCAAAGACUUCCAAAGCCGUCAGCAUUGCAUUUCCAACACUUGGAGCCAUUAUAGAAACCAGCCGGUUGGACCCCGGUUUUGUGAAUGGAAUGGUGUUAUCGGUGUCCCUGCCAGAAGAGCUCCGGCAUAUUUUGCUCACCUUCGAAAAGGUGAAUAAACUGGAGAACGUCAAGGCUCAGUGCGUUGGGUGGCACUCUACGGAAAGGAGGUGGGAUAGCAGGGCGUGCGCCAUGAAGUCGGACAACAUCAGCAGCGUUGUUUGCAACUGCAAGCAUCACCACCGGACGUUCAAAUCCUUCUCCAUUUUGAUGUCCCCCACCAUGCUGCGAAAUGCAGCGCUGGAUUACAUUACACGUGUAGGGUUAGGCCUUUCCAUUUUCAGCUUGGUUCUCUGCCUUAUCAUUGAGGCUGUUGUCUGGCACCACGUUACAAAAACUGAAAUAACCUACAUGCGCCAUUUUUGUUUGGUCAACAUCGCUAUGUCGCUUCUCAUUGCUGAUGUUCUGUUCAUCUUAGCGGCUAUUGUGCACCAUACAGCCCUAAACUACCAGUUGUGUGUAGCAGCCACUUUUUUCCUUCACUUUUUCUAUCUUGCCUUGUUUUUUUGGAUGUUUACCCUGGGCCUCUUGAUUCUCUAUGGGUUGUUAUUUGUUUUUUUUAAGAUAACGAGAUCUGUAUUCAUAGCUACAGCAUUCUCAAUUGGAUAUGGAUGUCCCUUGGUCAUAUCUAUCCUCACUGUUGCUAUUACUGAACCAAAAAAUGGCUAUUUAAGGAGUGGAGCCUGCUGGCUUAAUUGGUAUGAGACGAAAGCCCUUUUGGCCUUUGUUGUACCUGCUCUGAGCAUCAUUGUUGUGAAUGUGGUGGUGGUAGUGGUGGUUGUGGUGAAGACUGGGAGAUCCGCUGUUGGAGAAGGCUGCAAGUCACAAGAUUUGAGGAACAUGAUGCGAAUUAGCAAAAACGUGGCACUUCUGACACCUCUUCUGGGUCUCACCUGGGGGUUUGGAUUAGCAACGAUUGUCGAGAGUCGCUCCCUGGCAUUCCACAUUACGUUUGCGCUACUGAACGCCUUCCAGGGAUUCUUCAUCCUGUUGUUUGGGACGCUUCUGGACAGAAAGACAAGAGAAGCCUUAAGGAUGAACUGCCUUUCAUCAAAGCGGAAGUGUAGUCUAGCAAAGUCCUAGUAGUGGAUAGUUGUCUUCAGUGGGUCUGGCCAGUGAGAGGAAGCACUGAAAACCUGGUUUGAGAUGAACCGAAGUGGCUGAGAAGCUCGGAGUGUGGACAGCACUGUCUUGGAGCACGACCACGGGAAGCAUCGUGAAAACCAGAAAAGAAAAGGUCCUGAACCUGCUGUCAGGAGCAGGAAACCAUCAGAGUUGCUGCAACCCUUGAGGAAACACGCUGAUACAUAAAGGUUGCUUGUGAAAACUGCUGUGAGGAGAGUUUGUCCUCGUUUGCCAUUUCAGUGCUUCAAUUUCUUCCUUUUUUUUUUUUUCUAUGUCCGUGCAAUAAGGAGCUGUACAGCAUGUGGAACUGCUCUAAAAUUAUUUAAUUUUUAAUGUCGUAUACAAAUGUUGAGUAUUAUCUAGCUGACUUUGGCUGUCUUUGAUCAAAAGUGAUUCUGUUAGAUGGCACUGUAUUCAUCAUUUCUGUUUGUCCUCCCAGGCUGGUGGACAACGUACCUCUAUUUCUGCAUUACCGCUGUUCUCUCCAUCUCAAGAUUUGUUCUCUCCAUCUCAGUACUUGGGUGUCAGAGGAAUUUACAAAGCCCUUUUUUGGUCUGUCAGGAGAGAAUUUUCAUUCUUUAUCCGGUCCUGCAAGACGAUGCCAGAGAUAAAUGGGAAAGAGCACUGGGCAAAUAAUUACUUUCCCUCUUUGGAUGUGGGGGAGCAAGCUGUAAAUGUGUUUCAGAGUUGAAUCACGUGGAUGGAGAUCUCCCAUGUCCCAUGCGAUGUACUGAUGAAGGAAAUGGUUUGUCCAUGUGAUGUGAGAUGGUGUAUCUGUUUUUAUUCGAAAAUCAGUCCGUGCUCUGAGAAACCCUUUCUAGCGAAAGCUUUGAUAAAAAUCUUAUUGUCUCUUGGCAGGACAAAUUGACGCUUUCAAAUGGAAAUAAAGUUGAAAUUUUGUCAUUGGUUCUAAUAAGUGGUCCUUAUCCUCCCCUACCA